AUGACAUCCACCCACUCGUCUCCUUUGAUGAAAGAACGCAAGAGGUCGGCUCAUUGGUCUGGGCAAGAUACCCAGAUUCUCAUUAAUGUUCUUCUCCGGGAGAAGGAUACCCGGACAGCAGAUAAUGGCUUUCCGCCAGAAGUCUGGCAGGAGGUGUCUGGGCUGUUGAUGGGGAGCAAUCCCAAUCUGGCCCAGGAUGGAUCAGAGUUGCUGCUAGGGGGAGCAAAGACGCCAGAAGCGUGCAAAAGUCGGUGGCAGCGUCUUCAACGCGAUUACAAGGCUGCGAAAGAGCUCGCCCAGCUCCCGGAUAUCACGUGGAAUAACGCAACCCACAGGCUGGAGGCGACUGAGCAUGCAUGGCAGAAUGCUGCAAAGGUGCUCACGACGUCAAGACACCGCAAGAUCCAUCUCCCAUGGUGGGAUUCCCUCGUCAUCCUCUGCUCCAAAGAAGCCACUCGUAGCCGCGGCCGUCGUCGCCGCAAGAAGAGCAUUGAGGCCGACCAAGAAGAAUACCAGGCCGAGCUCCUCGCCGAGUCUAGCCGGCACGCGGCUCAGGUUCACGCCCAGAUGACGAACGGCCACGGGCACCACGGGUACGACCCCAUGUCAAAUGGCCAUCAUCCUCAUCACCAUCAUCCGCAAGAACACCAUCAGCAGCACCUGGAUGGCAUGCAUGAUCCGAAUCAGGGAGGGUCGGGAUUAGUGGACUUAUCAAAUGGGGCACUGCAGGCGGUUGAACAUGGAGCUUUUAGCUGGGAAGCGGGCUCGAGUGGUGAUGGGGACUUUGACCAGUCGUUUUUGCCAAACCAAGCAUUCAUAUCGCAAAAACGAAAUCCCAUGUUCGACCCGAGCCUCUUGACCCCCGAAACGUCCUCGGCAACCACUGUCUCUGCGCCUCUUACCCUUCAGGAUACUCCCAAUAAACGCCAACGCACUUCGUCCCGCACAUCCCAGACCCACGUCCUUCCCCACCAGCAUCUAGGCAACAUGCCUGGUGCCAACUAUUCUUACGCGCCCAUGGCGUCUGGUAAUCAAACUGCGACGGGCCCUGGGGCGCAAAGCCCGGAGUAUGGGAGUGGGGAGGGGCUAUUAGACCCUGUCUUACUGCAGGCGACGGCAUCGCCGGGUAUAACGCUCAAGACGUAUACGCCGCCAGAGAAGGGAGGGCCGGCCACGACGAUGCAGGGUUCGCUCGGCAACCCUCAAGUCGGUCGCAGAGCGCCUUCGCAAUCACAACCCCAACCCCGACACCCACUCACCUCCCAUUCCUCUUCCGACUCUUCAUCUACGCACAAUAAUCUUCAAAUCCAAGCGCAAGCACACAAUCAUCCUCAGUCCCGCCCCCACUCUCAAGCGCAAUCUCAACCCCAAUCUGUACAUCAACCACACCUCACCCAGAUUCAGCCACCUUUCCAGGUUUCUCCUUCCGAUCCCAUGUUCCUUUCAUCCCUCACCGAGUCUCAACGGCGUACUGAAGCACUGCUUCAGCUGCAAACUAUUGACGCGGAUAUGAGGGAUGAGGAUAUGGUAGAGGUGAUGGAAGAGUUUGAGAUGAAUGUGGCGGCGGCGGAUACGUAUCUGGCGAUCAAGAAGGAGGCGCUGAGAAAGAUGUGGCUGGCCAAUCUUUUAAAGCGAAGGCAGAGAUGA